AUGAAUGUAAUAAGCUGGCAAAUUAAUCAAUUCAAACAACAGCAACAACAACCACUAUAUCCACAACAAUUACAACCAAUACAAUAUCCAGAACAGCCAAAAAUUCCACAGCAAAAUGUGGAAAACGACUCGCCUGACAAUUUUUUGGACAUGUCGAAAUAUCAACAAGAAAUCGAGACAGCUGUCGGGACGAACCAUAAAAAUUCAUUGAUAAUGCUUGCAGCUGUAGCAACCGAAAUUCCACAACAACAAAAUGUGGUAAAUUACUGGGUUUUGGCUGCAUCUGCUGAGCCAAUUGUAAUAUCCCCUAAUGUGACGUCGGAAUUGCGGAGAUGGGAUAGGAAACGUAGAAUUGAAGAUUUAGAAGAGGAUGAUAAUGAAAGUGAAGAUGUUAACCCUAGGAGAUACAAACGAAGUAAGAUGUCAA